UCCGUUAUCUGUAUGAAAUGCGUACUCGCUUCCUCAACAUCGACUACUUCUCUCCAAGCCAAACGCUAGAACCCCUAACCUUCCUCCACCUCCCAGUCCCCCGCCUCUCUCCUGCCCCUCUCUCCACCUUCCACGACCUCGUCCCCUUCCUCUCGCCCCUCAACGUCUUCCUCCCAAUCCACUCUUUUCCCAUCCAUUCCGCUCUCUCCAAGUUCUUCUCCGCCGUUCUCCCUCACCACAUCGACGAUGCCAAAAUCGAAGACCUCGGUGCGCCUGUUCCGUCUCAGAGCCGCAAUGCUUGCUUCGACGAGGCUCGCCUUUUGCAGCAAGAAGCUGCGGUUCUCUACGAAGAGAAGGAAGUGGAGAGUCAAACAACUUCUGGAUCUGAAACUCUAGAGAUUGAAUUGCCAAGAAAGGAUGAUGGGAUUGCUGUUUGUGAUAAGGAAGCAAGUAGAUAUGAAGUAAUCCAAUUCGAAACACCAGAGCUGGAUGAUUUUUUGGAAAAUGCUUGUUUUUUUGAGAAAGAGCAGAUACAAAUUUCGUAUGGAGUUCCAAACAAUGAAAAUAAUCUGUUAUCAUCUAACACGGUGAUUUGA